AUGAAAUUGGGAAGUGUAUUUAAUCCAAGAGGUGUCCUUGAAAUAAACUACAAGAUAUCAUCUAUAGAUGCUUAUUAAAAUGUCUUGUACACUGGAGAUGAGAAAGGCACAUUAUAUAGAUAUCAAUUGUAGCCGGAUUAAGCCAUGAUUAUACAAGCAAAUUAAGCAUAAUCCAAAUCUUUAACUAAAUCAAGGAUUGAUUAAAUAAAAGUCUUCCCUUAAGCGGGUGCUAAUCUUUUGGUUUUAUCAGAUCAAACAUUAUUUUUUGUUGAAGAAAAGACUCUAAAAGGGGAUUAGAUCUCUAAAGAAAAGGUAUCAUUAUUUGCCUUAAACGAAUUUUCGAAAAUAAAUUAACUUGAGAUUGUGAUAGUGACUAAGAAGAAAGAAGGCUUCAUUUUAUAAUACAAUUAGAAAGCAGGAAAAUUUGAAUGUUUGAGAGAGAGAUUCUUAUUGCCAGAUAUUCCUGUAACAAUUGCAUUUAUAGGGAGCUUAUUCUAUUUUGGAAUAUCAAAGAAAAAUUAUUCUGUGAUAAAUCUUGAUGAUAAAUAACUUUAGGUAGCCAAUUUAAUUCUGGAUAUUGGAUCUAAUCCAUAUCUGAAGGCAACCGAUAAUGAUGAAUUAUUAAUAAUAACAACUAACAAUGUUGGUAUUUUUAUUGGCAAGGAUGGCUAAAUGAAAUAGAAGAGUACUAUCCAAAUACAAAAUAAGUCAAUAUAAAUAAUAACAAUAUUUAAGUAAUAUUUGAUAGUACUAUUUGAUAACUUAAUACAAGUGUUCAAUUUAUUGGACUCUAAACCUAUGAGUGAUAUUUAAUUGUCAUCUUCAGCAAAAUGUAUUACUUAAACAUCAAACCAUUUAUUUUAUGGAAGUUCUAGUGAGAUCAUCUACUUAUAUUAAACACCUCCUGAACAAUAGAUUUAGGAUUUACUAAAGUAAGGUAAGGUGGAAGAUGCACUCCAAGUAUUUUAACAAUACAAUUAAAACUAAGAUGCAUAAAAGAAUUAGUAAUUGGAAUAGUUAAAAUUGGAUUGUGGUUGGGCUUUGAUUAGAUAGAUGUAGUUUUAGAAUGCAUUGAAUUAUAUAUUAUAGACAAAUUUUGAACCAAGAGAUUUCAUUUGUUUAUUCCCAGAUUAUUACUAUGCUGUAGAGAAAUUAGAAUCAGUUAAUCCAAAUCCAUCUUAAAAUACGAUAUCACUAAUUAUUGCCAAAUAUGUAUAAGAAUAAAAUAAAGGUGAUCCUAAGAAGAGUUAAGAAUUGAAAUUAUAAGCUAGAGAUUUCUUGAUCGAAAUUCUAGAAAAGAAAAGGGCUGUACUAACUUCAACUUAAUAUGCUUAUUCAAUGAAGGAUAAAUUGAAUUUAUUAACUAGUACUUAGAUUUUCAAUUAAAAUUAAUGGCAUGCUAUACAGUGUGAAUAACUGUUGGAAUUGAUAGAUUUUGCAUUGAUAAAGGCCUAUUUAGAGGCUUAACAAUUACCUAAAUUAAAGAACUUUUUAUCUUGUAAUCAAAUAUAUUGUUUAUCGAUGUAUGCUGAAUUACAAGCCAUAUUUCAAAAUAAUAAAGCAAUUGAAUAACAAUAAGGUAUUUUAGCCAGAUUUUAUGAAUCAUUUAAUAAAAUUGAUUUGUCGCUGGAAGUCUGGAGGACUAUUGGGGGUGAUUCUUUGAAUUAAUAAGUGCAAUAGGAGGCCUGUGAGGAAACUACUCGAAUUCUUAAGUAGAAUCCAGAAAAGAAUAGAAUAUUCAAGUUCAUUCAAUGGGUUUUGAAAAAGCAAUUCAAAACAGGAAUUUAAAUCUUUUACGUUAGUGAAAGCAUAAUAUCACCAGAUUAAAUGUUAAAGUUUUUGGAUGAAGAAAAGGAACAAGAUCUAAAGAGGAAACUCAAAGAGAAAUAUUUAGAAGUCUUAGUAUUGGAAAAGUAGACAGAGGAAGAAAGAUUCCAUACUCAAUUAGUAUAUUCUUACAUAGAUUUCUUGUUCACCAUAUUUCCUAAAGAGACGUAGCCAGCUUAGAUUGAUAUGAAGAAGAAUUAGAUUGCAUAGGAAUCUUAUUCGUCAUUAAAAAAGUUCUUAAAGAAUCCAAAUGCCAAAUAUAAUUCUUCAAGCAUUUUGGAAAAAAAAGUAAAGGAUUCUUGGAUGAUUGGAGAAGUAAUUCUGUUGUAUGGUAGAGAGAAAAGACAUGAGGAAGCAUUAAGUUAAUUAUUAAAUCUUGGAUUUUAUGAUUGGGCUGAAAAAUAUUGUUGCGAGUAUACUGAUAACUUAUUGACUAAACUCUUCAAAAAGUAUAAAGAGCUAUAUUUCUUUUUGGAGGGAAAAUAGAAGGAAAGAUCAACUGAUCAGUAAACAUUAUUUGCGUUUAAUUAAGUUAAAAUUACAAUCAACAAUUUUUUGAAAAAAUAUGCAACACACUCUUAAUUAAAUGCUUUGGAAGUAUUAGAAAUGAUACCAGAGAAUUGGAUACUUGCUGAUUAAGGAGAAGAUGAUGGAUUAUUUUAAUUUUUAAAUAGUGUAAUAAGCCACACACUACAUUAAAAGAGAUCGACAAAAGCUGCGUUCCAUCUAUCUGAUAUGGAUUUAUUGAAUGUCGAAUGCUUGAAUGCCAGCACCAAGUAAGCCAACGUAAGGAUUACAUCUGAAAAGAAGUGUGCAGUUUGCAGUAGAUCAAUUGGUGAAAAGGUAUUUGUUGUUUAUCCUAAUGGUGUUAUCGCCCAUCAUACCUGUAUAAAAAGCAACACCAUAUGUCCAUAGACGGAUAAGGACUUUGAAAAGUAUUUUAAAAUGUGA